AGCAGCUGCGGGUCGAUCGCUGGAAGUCAUUCACAGAAAAGGGAUACUGCACAGGAGAGAUACGCAAAGCGGAGAUUGCGCUUUAUACCUUUCGGUUUAUGUACGAUCCUGUUUUUAUUCAGUGAAAGGACAUCAGAAGGUUACAAAAGGAUUGUUGUGUGUCUACCGUAGCCCUGAAGUCUUAAGAAUGGCCUGCUCGUGAUGCCUGUGUGCAUUCAAGAGGCCCACCUUGGCAGCUAGAGGAGAGGUCGGCCUCCAUCACCAUGACAGUGUUGCCACGGGCCGUGGCUUCCCUGGCUGUGCGUGGCCUUAUCCUCUGUUUCAUCACACUUCCCUUUCCUGUUAUACUAUCCCAGAGGCCCCCUGUCCCCACAGAGCCCGCCCCCAGCCCCGCCCCUCACACAAGGCCGGAGUGUACCCGUCUAGAGCACCCCAUCAUCUCUAUCCAAGCAUUAAAUCCAUUGAUCUCCACUUUCUCCAACCCUGGUGUAAGGGACUACUCCCAGCUCACAUUGGAUCUCACGAGGAAUGAACUUAUAGUGGGAGCGAGAAACUACCUCUUCAGAUUGAAUCUAAGCAACAUUUCUUUAAUUGAGGCAACAGAAUGGGGCCCAGACGAAGACACCAGGAGGUCCUGUCAAAGCAAAGGCAAGACAGAGGUGGAGUGUCAAAACUACAUCCGCGUGUUGCUUGUCAACAAGACCGAGGUGAUCACCUGCGGCACCAAUGCCUUCCAGCCUCUGUGCAUCACCAGAGAGGCAGGGAACAUGAGCAGGGUGUUGGAGAGGGUGAACGGAGUGGCCCGCUGUCCCUAUGACCCUCGUCAUAACUCCACAGCCAUGGUAACCGAAAGCGGAGAACUGUAUGCUGCUACAGUCAUUGAUUUCUCAGGGCGGGACCCUGUCAUCUAUCGCAGCCUUGGAGGGAUGCCUCCCCUGCGGACCGCCCAGUACAACUCCAAAUGGCUUAAUGAACCUCACUUCAUCUCGGCGUACGACGUGGGUCUUUUCACCUUCUUCUUCUUGAGGGAGAAUGCCGUGGAGCAUGACUGCGGCAAAACGGUGUACUCACGGGUGGCUCGGGUUUGCAAGAACGACAUAGGAGGACGUUUCUUGCUGGAGGACACGUGGACCACCUUUACAAAAGCUCGGCUGAACUGCUCACGGUCGGGAGAGAUCCCUUUUUACUACAAUGAGCUGCAGAGCACCUUUUACCUGCCCGAACAGGACCUCAUUUAUGGCAUCUUUACCACCAACGUGAACAGCAUUGCUGCCUCUGCAGUUUGCGCAUUCAACCUCAGUGCGAUCACGCAGGCUUUCAACGGACCCUUCCGCUCCCAGGAGAACCCUCGCUCUACCUGGCUGCCCACCCCAAACCCCAUCCCAAACUUCCAGUGUGGGACCAUUGAUGAAGAAGGGCCCAAUGAUGGACUAACUGAACGCAGUCUGCAAGACGCCCAGCGCCUCUUUCUCAUGAAUGACGUGGUUCAGCCUGUUUCCGUGGACCCACUGGUCUGGCAGGAUGAUGUGCGGUUCUCCAAGUUGGUUGUUGACAUCGUACAGGGGCAGGACACUUUGCACCAUGUCAUGUACAUAGGCACAGAGUACGGAACUAUUCUUAAAGCUCUGGCAACCACAAACAAGACCCUGCAAGGUUGUUACUUGGAGGAGAUGCAACUCUUCCCUCCCGGUGUACGAGAGCCAAUCCUGAGCCUUCAAAUUCUCCAUGGCGACAGGACUCUUUUUGUGGGCCUGAAUGACAGAGUGCUAAAGAUCCCACUGGCAAGAUGUUCCAGCUACAAAACAGAACUGAUGUGUUUGGAAGCCAGGGACCCAUACUGUGGUUGGGACCGCAAGCAGCGACGCUGCACCACUAUAGAAGACAGCUCCAACAUGAGCCAGUGGUUCCAGAACAUCACCGCAUGCCCGCUGAGGAACCAAACCACAGAUGGCGCGUAUGGGCCCUGGGCUCCAUGGCAACCUUGUAGCCACGAUGACGGCGAAGGUACCAGUACGUGCCUUUGCCGAUCGCGGGCAUGCGACAGCCCACCUCCUCGCUGCGGGGGAAAAAUAUGCGAGGGUCCCACGAUUGAGGUGUCCAACUGUUCGAGGAAUGGUGGAUGGACACCCUGGUCGUCGUGGGGUCAGUGCAGCACAAGUUGUGAGAUUGGCUUUGAGGUUCGCCAGCGAUCCUGCAACAAUCCUUCGCCCAGGCACGGUGGCCGUGUGUGUGUGGGACAAAGCAGAGAACAGAGAUUCUGUAAUGAGAAGGUGCCGUGCCCUCAGCCCAUCUUCUGGUCGUCAUGGCUGCCCUGGUCCAAGUGCAGUGCGGAGUGUGGAGGAGGGGUUCACUCGCGCUCCAGGAACUGUGAGAAUGGAAAUAGCUGUCCGGGUUGUGCACUGGAGUACCAAGCUUGUAAUCUGGAAUCUUGCCCGGAGGUGCGACGAAACACCCCGUGGACGCCCUGGGUGCCGGUGAAUAUAACCCAGGGAGGGGCGCGGCAGGAGCAGAGGGUACGGUACAUCUGCAGGGCCCAGCUGGCUGAUCCUCAUGAGCUGCAGCUGGGCAAACGGAAGGUGGAGACGCGCUACUGCCCUAAUGAUGGAACAGUGUCCUGCGAGACAGACACUUUGAUCGAAGAGCUCCUCAGGACGCCCGGUGUGCGACUGACAGGAUCAGGCUGGUCGUCGUGGGAGACGUGGUCAGCGUGCACUCAGGAGUGCGCCAAAGGCUACCGCACUCGAAAACGCACCUGCACCACCACCGAGGGCAAGAGCGCUCCCACCGCCUGCCGGGGCUCUCCGGUGGAAUAUCAGGACUGCAAUCCACAGCCCUGUCCAGUUAACGGCGCCUGGGCAUGCUGGUCAUCGUGGUCGCAGUGUUCGGUGCCCUGUGGAGGCGGGCACUACCAACGAACACGCACAUGCACGAGCCCCACCCCUGCCAAUGGAGGGGACAUCUGCAUCGGUCUGCAUACAGAGGAGGCACUUUGCAGCACGCACACCUGCGAUGGUGGAUGGAUGGCCUGGUCCAUGUGGUCCGAAUGCGACGACCAGGGACUGCAGCUGCGCAGUCGGGUAUGUGGGGCUCAAUCCACACAAUGUGUGGGAAACAGCACCCAGCACAGAGACUGCAAUGAGAUCCCAGCGAUUCUCCCAGCAUCUAGUUAUGACAAGGACCAGCGGUGUGGAGGGUUUACUCUGCUUCACCUGAUAGCUACUGGCGUGUCGUGCUUCCUGGGCGCGGGUCUGCUGUCCUUCCUGGUGUACGUGUACUGUCAGCGGUUCCACAAGCCCUCGCAGGAGUCUGCCGUCAUCCACCCCACCACUCCCAACCACCUCAACUACAAGGGCAACACCACACCAAAGAACGAGAAAUACACACCCAUGGAGUUCAAGACGCUAAACAAGAACAACUUGCUGCCAGAUGAAAGGACCAACUACUUCCCCUCACCGCUUCAGCAGACAAACGUGUACACCACCACGUACUACCCCGCAGCGCUGGGCAAAUAUGAUUACCGUCCAGACUCUUCCCCCUCUCCCUGCAGAACCUAUAACCACAGCUGAGACACAUGUUCCAUCUCUGCUUUAUCACCAUGGUGACUGCUCCAGUCCACACGUCUCCUAAACCCACCCUUUUCCCCACCCUCUCUGCACCUGAUGAGAAAAAAUACAGGUGCUGUUUUCCUCCAUUCCGAGUGGUUUUGGUCACUUAAGUCAUGCCUUACGGUGAGGGAAAACGGACCAGUUAUUCAAACGGCACUUUUAAACGGACGAACAAGAUCGUGUAGCUACACUGACGUUGAUGAACGGAUGUCUUGAUUGAUCUUUGCAGAACUCCAGUUACUGGAAGGUGGGCAGGCAAAAUCGUGCUGGCUCCAGCAAUGUUCAUUACAGGAAUGUGGUCUGGCACAGCCGUGGUAGGCUUUUUCUUGAAAGUACAAAGGCUGAAUACGGGGAGACCACAGGACGGAGAGAAAUCAAUACGGACAGUAUUAAAGAAGCUUUGGAUGGAAGUUGCAGAAUUGUGUCACCUUUGGAUGCAUAUGUAAGGGCCACUGACUCCUAACAGCGGAGGGACGCAGCUUUACAUCCCACGAGAAACAGAUGCAGGUGGAUUAGCAUAAAUAAAACCCUCUCCGUUUGGAUGUGAGCAACCCAGCUCAAGAGGAACAGCUGUGGGGAUGCUGUCGGCGUCCGUAUACAAUGACUAGUGUGAACGGACUACCAGAUCACAAAUAAUGAUAUUCAGCACGUAACAGAAGCAUAAGGUUAAGAAAAGAAUGCUGUCGUUCGGAAACGCCUUUUUACCUGCGAAUGCAUGGAAAUGGAGGAAUAUUGCACCCGACAUGGAUUAUGCUUAGAUCUAAAGCAGACAAGUUCUAUGUUACUUUAUGUCUUUGUAGUCAUAUUAAAUAUGACUGGCUUCAAACCGAGGCGGACUAUAUUUUAUUACAAGACAAGACGUAGGAAAUACCGAUAGCUCGGCACUUGUUUUUUUUACGGUUAUUUUAAAUAGGAAAUUAUUCAGCAGUGGAGAAAAGCUGUAGAAAAGUGGAGAAAAGCUAGGUGCACGAUAGAGUUUAUUUAAGAUGCGCGGUGAGAUAAUAUGAACAUUUUUUUCCUGAUUUCAGAUAUUAUUUUCACUGUUUCCAGAUGGUGUACUGUAUUCGCAACCAUCAGCACAUUUAUCAGAGAAAUGAGGAAAGUCUUACAGCGUUAUAUGAAGCAUCAUAUUCAUACAGAGUCAUACGACAGAACAGAUCAAUGUAUCCUUGUCAUCUUAAACAAUAUUUUAAGUUUAAAUAUGAUUUUAUGGCUUGUAUGUAGCACUAUGUGCUGAACUCAUGAAACUCGGUUUGGUCAUGAUGUGUGACGACAUCGCGUUCACAUUCCAGAUGCUAAUAUUUCAUAAACACUUGUCAAUAAAAGCGAUUCAGGAAUGGUGACUCUGUUCGGGAUGUAGUAUUUAUGGUAUGCUUGUUUUCUAAAGGGCAUUGAAAAACUAAACUAAGCUUUUUUUAUCAUGUUUCAUGAAUGCUAAGCCAGCCAUGCUUUUAGUUAAGCAUGACUACCUGGGUUGUACAUACUGUUAGUGAUGCCCCGCUGCGAAAAAGUAACGUCACGCAAACGUUAGUAUAACGUACAUGGAUAUUGUAAAGCUAACACUGUUUUUAAAAGCCUUAUAGUUGUAAAAUAAUACAGGCAGCAGCUGUGUAAAUAUAUAAACCGUAGGGAUUGUGUAGGGAUGGAGCUUGGGAGUCAAUCUGGUGAGAUGUUUCCACAAUUUGACUGCAAUAGAGAGAACUGUCUUGUAGACCAAAUUUGAUUUUUAACAUUUAAGAUUGUUUGUUAGAAUCCUUACAAAACUGUUUGUUGAAAAUAAAAGAAUUGAAUUGUGCAUAAUUCAUAUUGAUUGUACAAAAUUGGUUGAUUGACAAAGAAGACACUUUGUUCACAUUGUAAAAUAUAAUAUGAAUUAAGGCGCAGUGCCUGUUCUGAUUACGCCAUUUUAAAUAUAUCAGCAUUCCAAAAGAAAUCAUUUUUUUAAUCUUAAAGAUUCAGGCUUUCUGAAGUUACCAAGCUCCUUUACAUUGCCACAGAGGAGUUAAAAGUUUGAGACCACUAGUUAUGCGUGUAUUUGGUUUUCUUUCUGAUUUAAAACAUUUUCAAUUGAAAUAAUACAACAUUUACCAUUUAAAUCAUGAGCAUGGCAAUAAGUGAAAAGAACGCCAGCCGUUUGAUUUAAUGACAGCAUGCACUCAGGCUGGCAUGGACCCCACAAGUUUUCAAAAGCUUAUGAUCCAUGUUUUCCCAGCUUGAUUUGAGCAUGUUCCAAAAAGCAUCUUAUUUGCAAUAGAAGCAAAGAAAUCUGAUCUUUUGUACAAAGGAAUUCACUUAUAAAUGUUAUUAUAAUGACCUACGAGUAGUGUAGAAUUAUUAACAAUUCUCAUUCAAUUUGUCGUAACUUUUCCUCAUGUCAAACUUUAUAUUUUACGAAUUAAAAAAGUUUAAAUAUUAUUUCCUGUUUUAAAUUUAAAUGUGGUCUCAAGACUUUUGUUUCCCAAUGUACAGAAUAGGCAAGGCUCUAAAGUAAACCCCCACAUUCUGCCCCAUGUGCCUCCACUGAUCAAACAGGUUCAAGUGUGGCUGCUUUGUUGAGUUUUGAAAGGAAUGUCUCUGCUAUUGCAUAAAAAACAGGCAUGAAAAUCCAGACGCCGCAACGAGGUGCUCCAUCCCUGCGAGGCUUGGUGCCCUUCUAUGCAACUGACCUGGUGUUUAGAUAUGCGAUGUAGACUGUAAUCACUGCCUUUUAGACACUGUGAAUUUUUGGUACUCUAUAUUUUUGUACAUUGUACAUUGUAAAAGAUAAUAAACCUUGAUGCCAACCCGCUCUAACUUGAGCCGAUUCGU